AUCUGGUGAAUUAAAAUAUAUAUUUAACCUUGAAUUCUAUUGAAUACCAAUUUCACAAAAAAUUGAAAGGGGUGACUGUCGACAACAACAGCGAUUGGUACACGCGAAUAGUAAAAGAAAGGAAAAUUUCCGUUCCUUGCUCAAGAGUGUGGAAUCGUUUUGUAAGGUUAGGAUAAAAUUUGUGUAAAAAAAUAAAACAACAAAUUGGCAUUAAAUGCCGCCCUACAACGUAGAGCCGGUUGGCCCUCAACAAAGCGAUGCAGAUAUGCACGAUGACGAAGACAAUCAAGCUACGGGAUCUACUGCGGAAUUGCCGACGUUUCAUUCAGAAUCGACAUCGGAAAAUGACCUGGUGAACGGAAAUAUUGAACUGAAUAAUGCAGACAUGCAACAAGCGCAACCUGACACUAGUGGUUCGACAGAUAUAGAAAUGAAUAUUAGUGAGGAAGCUGGUAGUGUGUAUGAGCAGCAACCACAUUCAGGAACAAAUGGGUUAGCUGAGAUGAACACAAGUGGGGAACCGAGCAGUGUGGAUGAGCAUCAAUCAUCGUUAGAAAGAAAUGCGGAACCAGAUGCAGAGAUGAAUGAUGCGGAAGAAAGUAGGUCUAGUGCUGCUGAAAAUGCAAAUGACGACGCUGAGGAAGACGGCGAUGGUGAAAAUGAAGAGGCGGAAGCUGGUGCUGCAGGUGAAGCAGAUCCUUUUUAUGGGUUUGAAGAUGAAGACCCAAGUCUCGAUAAAAAAGAUAUGUCGCAAGUGCUACAAAUUUGGGAAGCGCAGCAGCAACGUGCUGGAUUCGAUCCAGUGCCAAUAUUGAAAAGGUUAUGUGAAAUCUUCGAGAAAGAAAAGGAAAUUUAUAUGCGCAAAGACCACGACCCUUUCGAAGAUCGCCAUCCUUAUCGAAUCGAUCCCAAAUGUCAUUAUGGUGUAAUACUAAAGCAACUUUUUCGAAAAGAUGUUUUUAUGACUAAGCUCCUGGGCGAAUAUAUGCGCGAUAAUUUCUUCACCCGUCAAAGUAUACAAAAAAGCUCCUUGGAGUUAAAUAUUUUGGCUUGUCGCCUAAUGUUGGUAAUUGCACCUGGCUUAGAAACCGCAGCGGUGUUCCAAGGUGAAUUCGAAAAUGUUCUCCACAGAAUUUUUAACUGGGCAGAGGAUAGUAUUGAACCAUUACAAAGUUAUGCCACCGGUCUAUUGGCCUCCGCUAUGGAAGUGCCUGACAUUGUAACCUCUUACAAGGAACAUAACUGCCGCCUCAUACCAAAGUUAAUAAAGCGUUUGACUAUAUUUCAAGAAAUUUCCACGCUUAAGAGCCAGCCUAGUCCGCAACCAAAUCGAUUUGAUUGUUGGACGACUGAUUUUGCAUUUGGAUUAUUUUCUGAUCAACGGUCUGAAAUGCAACGAAAAAUUGAUCGUGUGAUGUUUCCUUUUCCGCACGAAGAAGAGAAACAGUCUGAAGCUUUGAUUACACUGCCACUAAAAGAAGAAACGGCAAAAGCAACCCCUUCAUUUGAAACAUCACCAAUAGGGGAAUACGCAACAAAUUUUAUGUCAACGUCAUUUAAAGACGAGCAACUUAAACCAUCCACAUCUCAAAAUUCUAAAAAUGGUUUGGAUACAAACUGCUCUAAUUCGAACUUAUCUGCAUUGCUAGAGAACAGCCGUGAUGCUUUCCCUAAAGGAAGGGAUUCACGUUAUUACAAAAAAUUGUAUAUUCCUUACUAUCCGCCCACAACUGAAUCUGCCCAAAUGCUUAUUUUACGGUACCUUACAGCGCUCGGGAGUCAUCAAGAUUAUUUGAGUUUUGUUUUUGAACAACGUGUUAUGGACCUCAUCUUCCGUUAUUUAGAAAAUUUAGACCGACAGGACACCUGCUUGGCUUUUGAAGCGCUCAAAUAUCUUGCUUCCAUAUUAAGUCACAAGAAAAUUACAAUAGAUUUCAUUUCAAAGGGUGGAUUAGAGAUUCUGCUGAAAGUACCACGUCCCAGCAUAGCCGCUACAGGCGUUUCCAUUGCAUUGUACUACCUGGCCUAUUGUGAAGAAGCUAUGGAGCGGGUCAGUAGUAUGCCAAAAGCUGUUAUCAAGGAUUUAGUCAAUUACGUGCUCUGGCUACUAGAACGAUCAUACGAUUCCGCUGUAUGUCAUGCAACCAUGUUUUUUGGUUUGACUUUUCAAUACAAAGUAAUCCUUGAUGAAUUUGACGCACAGGAUGGUAUUCGUAAGCUUUACAAUGUUGUUUCCAUACUUAAAAUCUUAAACCCAUCAAAUAAUGAUGAUGAAGAUGAGGAAGUCUUGAAUGAUGAUUUGGAAUGUGCUUCCCGUCAACUAGUGCGUCAUGUAUGCGUUGCACUUAAACGAUAUAUGGAGAGUCACCUCUACUUCAAAUAUAAUAACUUCAUGCGUCAACAAUGCUCACUCAGCUCGGAAUUCUCUCAGCAUGUUGCCACCAAAGCGGCGAAAGCGAGUUUGGAACAGGUUAGUGAACAAGUGCGCAUAUUGCAGGAGAAUACUUCGGUACGUGCACAUUGGAUGCCGGUGAACAAACUAAUGGAAGUGAGCGCUAUCACAUUGCUACUGAAAAUUGUAGCGCUCUCCUACGAUUGGAACAACAAUGUUAGAUCCGAGAUCGUGCGGUCCGCUUUGGAUGUACUAUCUGUAUGUUGUGUUAUACCGCGCAUCUUUCAAGUCUAUUGCGACCGUUUGGAAGUUCCGGAUAGUGCAGGCGCUUCAGGAAUCUACUUCAUAUUGGCUGCCGCUUCUGGUGACAUCACUGCGGAUGCUGAUGUACAAAAAUCGGCAUUGGCUGUGCUGGUACACUGCGUCUGCGCACCGCUGACACGGGAGUCAAAUAAUGUCAUGAAGGUGUUCGGUUCUUCGAGACGCAACAAAAUGAAUAAUCGUUAUUGUGAGGAAUUAGUAGAGAAGGUGUGGGAGUCAGUUUGUUCCAACAAUGGCAUAAUUAUACUGCUCUCCUUGAUGCAGAUCAAGGCGCCAAUCACCGAUGCAGAUUGUAUACGUGGUAUGGCCUGUCGCGCCUUAGCCGGCCUUGCGCGUUCAGAACGCGUACGACAAAUCGUUGGAAAAUUAGCGUUGUUUUCUAACGGACAAAUUCAAACGCUGAUGCGUGAUCCGAUCUUGCAGGAAAAACGUGCCGAGCACGUGCUAUUCCAAAAGUACGCCAUGGAGUUGCUGGAACGUGUUUCGGGCAAAACAAAACCGAUUUCCAAUCAAAUGGACUCUUCACUUGCUAACAUACACAAAGCCAAUGUUGUGGCACAAACCAAAAUACAAUAUAACGAGCAACAAUUAUAUCAACUAAUUCACGAUCAUUUGGAGUCGAAAGGUCUGAUGCAAACGGCACAAAUGUUGCAAAAAGAAGCUGGCUUGCCACAAAUGUCGGCAAACACCACGAAAAACUUCCACCAAUCGCCAUUCGACUACAAAGUGCUUCCUUCGUCCUCUGUACGCCAGCGUUUGCGUAGUCGCAUGCAAGAUGUGAACAAUGCGAUACAGAAUCUUGCGAAUACAACCACAACCGACCUGAAUUCAAGCUUAUCCUUCGACGAGCUUCCGAGCAGUAGCAGCACCAGCGCAAUAACACCCAUUAAAUUGGUGAAAAAGUCGGAGAAAAUCUCAACUUCCGGAAAUGCUUUAGCCAUUGGUAGCGCGAAUGCGCAACGUUCCCUGCAAAAACAAAUAUCUUCACUGCCAGAGGACGUGCGGUCGGAGCGUGAUUCGCCUGCGCCGCAGCUGAACAACCAGACGGGCAUCACACUGGGUACCAUAGUUACGGAGUAUCUGACCAAUCAGCAUGCCUUGUGUAACAACCCCAUGACCACAUGUCCACAAUUCGAUUUGUUCACGCCGCAUAAGUGUCCCGAUCCUAAACCGAAUCGGGUGGGAGAUAAUUUGAAUUUGACAGCGCGCGUUUUCAGAGCGCAAGCAGGUUUCAAUACAGCGCGCUUGGAUCGACGUUACGUGCAUUCGAAUUUUGCGCCUUGGCGAUCGGUGCGCUCCAGUGACUUUACUUCUCUGCAGUUCGCCACCUGUGAAAUAGUGUCGCCCUCCAAAAUCUUGCUCGUCGGUACAAAUCGCGGCGAAGUGAAGGCAUUCAAUUUAAACUCUGGUACCGAAGUCUUCACCGCUAACUGUCACAGUUAUGUGGUCGAUGCUAUCAAUGCGAAUCGCGCAGGUGAUCUUGUGCUGACGUCAUGCACUUGGCGUGCACCCUUGAGUGUUCUGUGGUCGAUUACAGAAAAUCAGUUUGUUACGAAAAUGAGCUUUGCCGAUGAUUACUAUUGUGAGUUCAAUAAUUUGACGCAAGACAAAGUGCUUGGCACACGAAAUGAAUGCGCCGUUACGUAUGACAUAAAUACCGGCAAGGAGAUCUGCACAUUUGUGCCAACACUUGGUAAUCAGUACGUAAAGAAUCGUGCCACUUUUGGCCCCACCGACGAACUCAUAUUGUCAGACGGUGUCCUCUGGGAUGUGCGCUCCGGCAAGGAAAUACACAAGUUCGACAAACUCAAUCAAAGUCUCUCCGGUGUUUUCCAUCCAAACGGCUUGGAGAUAAUUUCGAACACCGAAGUCUGGGAUCUACGAACGUUCCAUCUCCUGCAAACGGUGCCCGUACUCGACCAAUGUUUCCUCAAGUUUUCACCAAUGCGUGUCAUAUACAGCUACAACGCGGAGGCGCCGGAUGAGCGGGCGGACAACAUAAUGGACGAUUUGCCUACGACAGAUACGAGCUUUAAGGUGCUUGACGCCUACGAUUAUUCCUCAAUAUCGACGAUAGAUGUGCGGCGUGGCAUAUACGACAUGAGCAUCAACGAUAAUGGCAGUCUGUUGGCGUUGGUGGAGAAUCAGCCAGCGUACGACACGCGGCCAGAGACGUUUGUGAAAAUCUAUGCUGUGGGCAUGAAGAAGAUCGAGAACCAAGAUGAGGAAGAUGAUGAUGACAUUGAGUCAAGUAUACCUUCGGAUAGCGAUUCAUCAGAGCUAUUUGAUCUGACCGAAGGUCUUGCAGAAGCGCGCCGCGAUAAUAGAAGAAGAAGGGCCAAUCUUCGCGCUAACGGCGGUAUUGAGGACGUGGAGAGCGGUGAUGGUAGCGACGAUAGUGAUGACGAAGACGGCGAUAGUGAGGACGGUUGGAUAGAUGUAAACUCGACUAACGAUGAAGACGAUGACAAUGAGCAGGCGCAAGCCGAUUCAUCCUCGUCCGAUGAUGAAAUCAUGGAAAUACGUUUUGAGCCUUUCUAAAAAUUGUCUCUACACUUUGCCAAACAUUACUUUUGGUGUUAAAUACAAAUAAGAAUGCACGCGAAGAAACCAGCCGAGGCGAAAGCCUGCCGUUCGGGCGCUCUUCCCUACCACGUUAAGUUUAAAACGAAAAGUUAAGCAGUUAUAAUGUAAUUUCGUUGUGAAACAAUAAAUAGUUCUCUUUUUUUUAUAUAAACACAACGCAAAACCGAAAGACAAAACUUGUUCGAAAACAAAGCAAAACACAAUUUUUGUUUAUCCAUUUUGUAGUCGUAAGUUUUCAUUUUAAAUGCCGUUUAUAGUAUAGUUAGUCUCAUCAAAACAAGGAAAAGUAUACAAAUGAAGAAAGACUCGAAAACGGAGGAAAAGAGGGAGAACAGCAAACAGUUUAAGCUCUAAAUAGAAUUCUAGCUGCGAAUUCAUUUUCGAAGAUUUGCCAAACUUAUUUGCCGCGGUGCGGAAUUGGAACUCCAAUUUGUUUAUUUACAAAUCUCUGCUUUCCAACUAAGAGCCAUGUUGAAAAGAAAUCUUUUGCACUUUAUUGUUUCUUGUUUUUAUUAAAAAAGAAAUUUCUAUUCGUUGUCUGAGCAUGCUGUUUCAUGGCGUUUCCUUCUUCGAGUUUUUCAUUCACACCUAGAAUAUUUAAUUAUCUUACACAUACACACAUACAUUCAUAAAUAUGAUAUGUUAUACUUAAUUGUUUGUUUCAAAACAUAAAUUAUUAUUAUACAUAUAUAUUUAUAAGGCGCGCAUCAAUAAUAUUUCAAUGUAAUUCUAAUUGUAAUGCGAAUGCGCGCCGGUUAAUUACUGCAUUUCUUUUUGUAAGAAUUCUGAAACAAAAUAUAUAAGAAAAAUAAAAAAGAAUAUCGAAAUAAAAUUAU